AAGAGAAACUAUUUUCAGUCUAGAAAAUGCUCAUCCCUCCACAGAACAUUUCAACUGUGACCAAAGAGAUUGUGAUUAAGCCUCAAAGAGAAGGGCAACUCUGGGUGGUGAUGCAAUAGUACAGCAUCCAGAAUGGAUGUCCUCUUUGUGGCCGUCCUUGCUGUGCCACUUAUCCUGGGACAAGGAUAUGAGGAUGAAGAAGGACUGGAAGAGGAUGAUUAUUAUCAGGUGAUCUAUUAUCUCAAUUACACAGUCACCCCCAGUUAUGAUGACUUUGGUGCAAAUUUCACUAUUGAUUACUCCAUGUUUGAAGCAGAGGACAAUCUGAACAGGUUCGAUAAGGAGUUAAUGGAAACAGAAGAGACUACUACCAGUCGUGAAAUAGAACAUGCAGACCAUCAGAAGCCUGUAACAGUGAAACCAGUGAAACCAGUGACAAUGGAAACAAGUCCAGAUAUGAACGAUGCUGCAUCCGGUCUGCAGAGUCCUGUUCUCCUUCUCCUGUUCUGGGCCCUGGUUAAGGGCUGGAUGUAUUUCAUGUAGAAGGAGAAAGAAGGCUGCUAUGACUCUUUGGAUGGGGAUUUGGGAAGAGGAAAUUGGAAGAUAAAGUAAAUAAAUGAAACAAUCUGGUUACUCUCUA